CCCUGCAACACCAUUUUCAGCACUUCUUCAGAUAUCACACAAUCUUUAGAAGGUCAAUGGGAUUGGAUUGUCACAUAAAAGAAGUACUAUGGACCAAAUUCCAAAUUUCAAAAAGAGUUACAGAACUUGCCUCUCAAAUCUCUACAGAUUUUGCUGAUUCCCCACCUCCACUUCUUGUUGGUGUUGCUACGGGAGCUUUCUUAUUCUUGGCUGACUUAGUCAGGCAAAUUCAUUUACCUAUAUCUGUUGAUUUCAUUCGUGCCGAGUCUUAUGGUUCAGGUACCGAGUCCAAUGGCUCACCCACCAUUUCCAUGGACUUAAAGCUUGAUGUCAAAGGCAAACACGUCAUUUUGGUUGAGGACAUUGUGGAUACAGGAAGUACUUUAUCUACCCUUAUUUCACACUUGAAAUCUAAGGGAGUGUCCUCUGUGUCGGUUUGUACGUUUCUUGAUAAGCCUGCUAGAAGAAAAGUUCAUUUUGAAUUAGUGGGUGAUGGAAAGUAUUACCGAGGGUUUGAGUGUCCAGAUUACUUCGUCGUGGGUUACGGGAUGGACUAUGCUGAGCUUUAUAGAAAUUUGCCUUAUGUUGGUGUCUUGAAGCCUGAAUAUUACAAGUGAUUUUAGCCUAAAAGAGCUAUCGUAUACUCUUAUUUUAGUAUUGCAGGCACCUAUUGGAUUAGGAGGUUAUUUUAUACUUCUCAUAAAAGGCAAAGUGCUUUAUAGGAAUGUAAAUGUGCGUAUUCUUAGAACUGCAUCUCGGUACUAAAUUAAAAACUUUAAUUUAUUCAAUAUUUUUGUCUUGAA